AUGGAUGUAGAAAAACUAAACAAUGUAUAUGAAAAUAAUGAGGCCAGAUUUUCAAAGUUGGAAGAUGAGUUGGGCGAAAUUGAAAGUUUGUUGUUGAGGAAUGAUGAUGAUGAUGCACCUCCAAGGAAAAGAAGGAGAAUUAGGUGUUUUUAUGUAGUUGAUUCUGGGAGUGAGACAUUGGAGGAAGUGUCUAAUUAA